GACCCUUUCAUCUCCUCUCAACCAGAAGCUCUCUGAUACCGGAGAAUUUCUGGGUUUGGGCGUACAUGAGAGAUUUUUCUGCAGUUCGUUCGGGGCAAUUUCAUAAAUACCCAAUUCCCCGGGGACGUCCGGAGUCGAAAUUAGAACUUGUGCUGGGGGUUUUGGGUAAAAGUGAGAAAAAAAAUGCCGAAAACGAGUCCGACUGGGCUGGACAAGCUCAAAGCUUCCAACUUGUUCGCAUUCCCGGAAAAAACUGGCUACUAUUUGGCCCUCUGCCUGCGCGUGGGCCUCCUCCUAUGCCUCCUGGCGUCGAUUUCACUCGCGCUCUUCUCCGCCUUCUACACCAAAUCACACUGGUUACCCGUGCCGGACUUCGCCCCGACCGGAACCGACUUGGUGGCUCCUGGACCCGGACCCCAACCAGAACCCGGACCCAAACCAGAACCCACCAGCAUCUCCCACAUUCUCUUCGGCAUCGGCGCCUCCCUCACCACGUGGCACGACCGGAGCCGGUCAGGGGAACUCUGGUGGGACCCCAGCACAACCCGCGGUUUCGUAUGGCUGGAGGCGAAACCCGAAAAAGAAACGGACUUCUCCGGUUCGAUUCCGUACCGAGUGUCGGAGGACUGGACCCGCUUCAGGUACUCGAGUUCGCAAUCGGCGGUUCGUAUCGCGCGGAUUGUGUACGAGAGCUUUAAAGUCGGGCUGCCCAACGUGCGGUGGUUCGUGAUGGGGGACGACGACACGGUGUUUUUCACCGAGAACCUGGUUUCGGUGCUGGCGAGUUACGACCACGACCGGAUGUACUACAUUGGCGGGAACUCGGAGAGCGUGGAGCAGGACGUGAUGCACGCGUACGACAUGGCGUUUGGCGGCGGCGGGUUCGCGAUCAGCUACCCGCUCGCGGCGCGGCUGGUCGAAAUGAUGGACGGCUGUCUGGAGAGGUACUACAAUUUCUACGGUUCCGAUCAGCGGGUGUGGGCCUGCGUCAGCGAGAUGGGUGUGCCGCUCACUAAACACGGUGGGUUCCACCAGUACGACAUCAGAGGGGACCCCUAUGGUGUCUUAGCAGCGCACCCAUUGGCACCACUUGUGUCACUUCACCAUCUGGACUCCAUGAAACCCAUGUUCCCAGACCAGACCCAUUUAGACUCACUCAAAUCCCUUCUUCGUGCAUACCGGGUCGACCCGGGCCGGAUCCUACAACAGAGCUUUUGCUACGAUCACCGGCGUAAAUGGUCAAUGUCCGUUUCAUGGGGCUAUACCAUUCAGCUUUACCCGUCAUUGAUCGGAGCUAUGGAUCUUCAGAUGCCGUUGCAGACGUUCAAGACGUGGAGGAGCUGGAGUAAUGGACCUUUCACGUUCAAUACCCGACCCGUGAGUUCCGACCCGUGUCAGCAGCCCAUCAUUUACUUCUUGGAGCAGGUUGUUGUCGGCAAGAGUGGGAUUGUGACUAUUUACAAGAGGUUUAUGGCCAAUGAGGGGAACCAAUGUAAGAAAAAAGAGUAUGCCCAUGCAAUGGCAGUGCAGAGGAUUGUAGUCUCCUCAGAGAAGAUGGACCCUCACUAUUGGACAAAGGAAGAGGCUCCACGAAGACAGUGCUGUGAGAUUAAGAACCGAGGAAGCAUAAAGAAUGGAGGCAUGGGGCUUAGAAUUAGGGCAUGCAAACCCAAGGAGUCAAUUACUAUGUAGAUGUUUAGGAAAUUAUGCAAUGCGGCACUAUAGAGGCCACUUUUUUGGUUUGGGGCCCCCGGGGGUGGGAGGGGUCCUUAUUAGCGUACUACUCAUAUAGAUCCAUUCAGCCUGUCCACUUAUGUAACUACUCAAGCAAUAAUACGAAGGCUUAGAUUAGUUCACACAUAUAACGCAAAAUUAUUGCGUACUAAUAAAAUGCAGUCACUUGAUAUACUUA